AUGGCCCAGUAUUUCGGAGGAUUUGAAGAGGAAGAAGAUGAUCCAGUUUUAUUCGAACUAGAUGUGUAUUUAUCUAACCCAACCCUUAGUGAUAUACUGGGUUACUUUGACAAAUUGCCAGACCACAUCCCCUUUCUAAACGAACUAGCAUCGAAUCCUUUCGAUAGAUUACUGUUGUUACAAUACCCUCUGGAAACAUGUAUGUAUUUAAAUGGCGAAUCUUCUGAUGGAAUACCUAGAAACAAGAUCAAUUCAAACGCAUCCGAUAUGCUGAGACUCAAGUCUGUUGAAAUUGGAGAACAGGUCGAAAAUAACGAAGUCAAUAACAAAAAAAUAUAUGUUUCAAAGUCAAAAAAGUCUAACAGACAUUAUAACUCGCCUUUUGUGAAAUUAAACUAUGAUUUAGGCCCUAACUACGCACUCAACGUCAAGACUUCGCCUAUCAAAAAGAGCCAUAAAUCAAGCUUGUUGUUCAAAAAAGAAUUUGAUGCAAUGAAUUCUCCUGAAUUUGGACCCUCAAAAUCAUUCGGAGAAAGUCUAAACGUUUUAACGUACGAAUCGACAGUCUCAACAAGCGAACAUGUGAUGGACUGUUUGGGAUUACUAAAGAUAGAAAACACUGUACAUGGAUUAAAAAGAGAAUUACAUUUGGUUCCAGUUCGAGCAAUCUUACAACUUAGACCUAAACUUGAUUCAUUUAAUCAAAGUUUUUUAUCGUCCGAUGACAGUUGUAUGAGCCUGUUCUACAACAAAAACUUAACGUGGAAAAGUGUAGAUAAAAUAUAUUAUUCUGAAUCUCCGGAAUCUAUGGAAUUGAUCGAACAGUUCACCAAGUACGGCAAGGAAGUAAAGGAAUGUGAUAACCCGAAAAUAAAUUUUAAUCAAGACAGGGAGUUGUAUAUAAAUUCGUUGUGCGUCCCACUCAAUGGGACCUCUUCUGGAUUUCAGCGGUGUUCCAAGGAACAAAACGGACUAGUUAAUUGUGGUAUAACCCAUAUUUAUACCAAGACCCACGAUUUCUCGCCAAACUUUAGGUUCAUGAAGAGACUAAGCGUGGAAAUGCAGCUAAAAUUGUUAUUAUCGCAUAGAUCCAUCGACUCAUUCUACUCACUUAAGAGGGACAUAGUAAACAAUAACCUUGAAGAUGAAGAACUCAUAAAGAUACUGGCCAAGUUUGCGAAAAACAUAUCCGGUAACUGGGUGUUAUCCUCAGUUCACGCAAUUGAGAAUUAUACUGAAGAUGAUGAAUGUAACCCGGAGGAGAUGGAGUACCUGGUGUCAUGUAGAGAAUUUUUACUUUGUUUAUUAAAUAGGCAAUCGUCGGAACCGAAACUUAAAGACAGCGCUUCAGUGUGCAAAUUGGCUACAGAAAUAUUUAGAAAUGCAACAGGACUGCCAUUUAAAUUGGCAAACGAUUUAUUGUGUGGUGUGGCUAAACCUCAAGGUAAAAUCUGGGUACUAAAGCUGGAUAAAGACGAGGAGUUUUCAGAAAAGCACACUCAAGUAUUCGAUUUAUUCAAUCAGUACUGGAGAGAACGUCUAAAGAAGAUAGCUGAUAUAGUUAGCAGCUUUAAAAAGAGUCCUCAAAUUAACCAGAUGCUUCGAAAUAUAUUUAUAAAGGGAGAAUUGGCCUCAUUCAUCAAAAAUAAGGUCUGCUCCCACUACAAAAUCAUGGAACACAUGGAGUCAUUAGGUUAUGGUGACCAACAGGAAACCAUUAACGGAAUUCUGCCUCAAGUCGCCACUAGGAUCAACGAUGGGCUGUGGACGUGUAAAAAGGCAAACGCAUGGUUUACUGAAUGCAAGAAUAACAUUAUUGGAACGGAUAAUCAAGCACAAAUACCUAACUUUAUAGUCAGAGCUAUUAAAAAAUUUACAGAUUAA